CAGUGUGGGCGAUGGGCGCAGGUGAGCUCGCGCGCACUCUUCACCUGUAAACAAAGGAAACAAACACAACAUGGAAACGACGGCCAGGAAGCAGUCCGACGGAUAGUCGCUUCCAGCACAACUGCUGUUAACCAAGAAGCUCAGUGAACAAAGGACCGGGUCAACAUCAUCCUCAGCUAUGGCGAGCCAGGACCCUGCCAACCCUUCUCAUGCUACAUUUGAGCUGUUUGUCCAAGCCCAGACUUGUAAGGAUGUGAAGCGCCACUUUGCUGAGCUCUGCAGGCAACUGGACAUCAAUCCCAAGGAGUUCAGGAGCUUCUACACCAAGUUAAAGGAAAGACUGAACUACUGGAAGGCCAAAGCCCUGUGGACAAAGCUGGACAAAAGGGCAUCCCACUCUGAUUACCAGCAAGGAAAGGCCUGCACAAAAACCAAGUGCCUUGUGUUGGGUGCUGGGCCAUGUGGCCUGAGAACAGCCAUCGAACUGUCCCUGCUGGGGGCUCAGGUGGUGGUGCUGGAGAAGAGGGACAGUUUCAGCAGGAACAAUGUUCUCCACCUGUGGCCCUAUACAAUCGUCGACCUCCGUGGGCUCGGAGCCAAGAAGUUCUACGGCAAAUUUUGCACCGGGUCUCUGGAUCACAUCAGCAUCCGUCAGCUGCAGUUGGUUCUAUUAAAAGUGUCCCUCCUCCUCGGGGUGGAGGUGCACACCGGAGUGGAGUUUCAGGGCUUGAUUGAGCCCUCAGGAGAAAACGGUUGGAUGGCCAAGCUGCAGCCUGGGUCUCAUCCUGCUGCAGCCUUCCAGUUUGAUGUCUUCAUCUCUGCUGGAGGAGGCAGGUUUGUCCCUGAUGGCUUUAAGCACAAGGAGCUGAGAGGCAAGCUGGCUAUCGGCAUCACAGCCAACUUCAUCAACAGAAACACGGCUGCUGAGUCCCAAGCAGCAGAGAUCAGCGGUGUGGCGCGCAUCUACAACCAGAAGUUUUUCCAAGACCUGCUCUCUGAGACGGGUAUUGAUUUGGAGAAUAUUGUCUACUACAAAGACGACACCCACUACUUUGUCAUGACUGCCAAGAAGAAGAGCUUGCUGAAGAAGGGGGUCAUUAAACAGGACUACAGCGAUGCAGAGGAGCUGCUGGCGCCUGCAAACGUUGAUCACGAGGCUUUGUGCCUCUAUGCCCACGAUGCUGCCUUCUUCUCCACCGGUGGCAAACUGCCUGACCUCCAGUUUGCCUUGAGCAAUGCCGGCCGGCCAGACGUGGCCAUGUUCGACUUCACCUGCAUGCACCGUGCUGAGAAUGCCUCUCUGGUCAGGGAGAGGAGGGGGAAGAAAUUGUUGAUUGGGCUUGUGGGAGAUUGCCUGGUGGAGCCUUUCUGGCCUCUGGGUACAGGCAUUGCCCGUGGGUUUCUAGCUGCUUUUGACACAGCGUGGAUGGUGAGGAGCUGGGGCAUGGGGGUCCCACAUCUCAAGGUCCUGGCUGAACGAGAAAGCAUCUACCAGGUCUUGUCCCAGACCACACCAGAAAACACCAGCAAAAACUACGCUGGUUACAGCAUCAACCCCACAACACGGUACACGAGAGCGAACCUCUCCUCCAUCCAAACCAACCAGGUGCAGCACCUAUAUGAUGUUGAUAAAUCCAAUGCAUCAAGCAAGAAGCAGAAGAACAGGUUGUCUCACAUGCGUCAAGAUUCAGUCAGUGGGUUUGAAGAGUUGUUGAAAUGGUGCCAGAAACACACAGCGGGUUAUCCGAAUGUGAAUGUAAAAGAUUUUACACAAUCCUGGAGGUCCGGGCUGGCUCUGUGUGCUCUGAUCCACCACUUCAGACCUCCGCUCAUUGACAUGUCCACCCUGGAUGAGUCUAGUGCUGUUCACAACAACCAACUGGCUUUCAGCAUCUUGGAGAGCGAGCUGGGCAUCCCACCUGUCAUGUCUGCCAGUGACUUAGCCAACAGCGGCCAGAUAGACAGGUUGUCCAUGGUCCUCUACCUCACCCAGAUCCAAAAGGCCUUCACGGUGCCAGCAAAGGAACCUGGAGGCUUCCUGCCAUCGUCCAAGCCUCUGACUCUCUCCCAGACACAGUCAGCUGUCUUUUUCCUGAACAAGCUGAAGCACAACUCUCUGCAAAGACGCAAGGAAAAGCUCACAUCUCAGAAACGAUCAAGAGAGACGAGGAUGGAAGAUGAGGACAGUACGGUGGUGCCUCCUGUGUCCCCUGAGCUCAGUCCUACACCUGCUUUUACUCCUGUUCCCGAGCCGGAGCCGGAGCCGGAGCCUGAGACUGAUCCUGAGCGUGAUCCUGAGCCCGAGUCGGAGCAUGGUACUGGUGUGCCGAUGACAAACAGUGAGGAGUGUUACUUCUGUGGGCAGAGGGUCUAUGUACUGGAGCGCAUCAGCGCAGAGGGCAAGUUCUUCCAUCGGAGCUGCUUCACCUGCCAUCAGUGCAGCAUCACACUCAGACUGGGAGGAUACACCUUCGACCAGACUACAGGGAGAUUUUACUGCGAGCAGCACUCUGAAGAGUUGCUGCUGGUAGACGGGGCUGAAACAUCUUGUAAGGAUAGCGAAGGAAAUCUCAAAGGAACAAAUGAAGAGAACGGGGUUUCCAGUGAUGAAUAUACACUGUCUCCAUCCGAUGAGGAGUAUGAGCACACUCUGGACUGUGGUCCCUCUACUCACACACAGGAACAUGACCCUGAAGGACAGGACCACCAUAUACUUGAAUCCAAAGAGGAAUCCCAAGAACCACAUCCAUCAAAAACUCUGACCGAUCCUCCGUCUAAAACUGAGGUAGCAGCACCCACUGAGGAGGAAACUGAAGUCAUUUGUCCUGUCCCCAAGCCCCGCCUCUCUAGGCAGACCAUAGCCAGCCCUCAGCCCUCUCCUCCUACAGCAAAACCUCGCACAGUCCACCUUUUUAACCCUUCGACUCCAGAAAAAGAUUCUUCUCCAACACCUACAAAGGAGAAUUCCAAGGCAGCACCAGAUUCCCGUCCGAAGCAGUCACUGCGAAAGCUUCAGCUGACUGAUGAGGAGAAAACCCAGCUGGUUAAUCUUCACAGCUUAAGUGCGGACUCUGACUCAGAGACCCCUGGUGGGUCUUCCUCCUGCUCCUCUUCCUCUGCAACUGCAGGAGGUCCAAGCCCUCCUAAACCAGAGGGCCUGGAUGGGCAAGAAGAGGAGGGCUACUGGAGCGGGAGCACAGCUAGUCACAUCCGGGAGAAGAGGAAUCGACGUUGCUUCAAGAGAAAAGAGAUGCCAAGCGGACAGACCAGAGUACGAUCAAAGUUUUCCCCCUGGAAUCUCUCGUCCCCGAGGAUCAGCAGAGACACUCGGCUCAGCGUCCUCAUCAAUCAUCCAGGGAGAGUGGAAACAACAUUCAGACAUGUUCACAGCACCUCAGAGGAGGGUGUCGAAGGAGAUGAUGACGACGAUGACGACGACGAGGAUGAUAUGUUUGGACAAGAUAUUGACUUAUUUGAUGAGAAAUUCCAGACAGUGCCGACAGACCCUGUUGAGGCUGAGAAGUUGGAGCUGAUGAAGAUGAGGACACUGGAGCGUCGAGCCAAAACGAGCGAAUUACAGCGACUACGCAAAGCCCAGUCCAUCCAGAGGAGGCUGGAAGAGAUAGAGGUGACCUUCAAGGAUUUGGAGGACAAGGGUGUAGAGCUGGAGCGAACUCUGCGAGGAGAGGCUGGCAGUAGCGGAUCCCCUGAUAUGAUCGAACACUGGAUCCAGCUCGUCCACGAGAAGAAUGCGUUGGUUUCCGAGGAGUCUGACCUCAUGGUGGCGUCUCGACAGCUGGAACUCGAAGACAAGCAGAGCAUGUUGGAGUUGGAGCUCAGGAAAUACAUGGAGCUGAAUGACAAGACACCAGAGCAGCAGGCGGAAGAAGAUCGGGUGCUCCAACAGAUGAUCGAGGUGGUGGACAUGAGGGACUCCUUGGUGGCGUUUCUGGAGGAGAAGAGAUUGAAGGAGAUUAGCGAAGAGCAAGAGGCCUUCUCCAUCAGGGAGGCCAAACGGCACUCGAAAGCAGGAUCUCAGGUCCACUGGGCGUAAGGCUUUCACGCACACGCAUACUCAGCAUGAACCUGUAUGUACUGCAGAGUGGAUGCCUUCACAUCUGCUGUAUGUGAGACUCGCUGCUUUCAGACUUGUAACCUGAAACUUAACUUUUGAGAAGCCAAAGAUGGGCAGAGUGUAACCCACCACAAGCGGUUCCUCUUUAUCAAAUUAGGAGUUUGGGCUUAAGGACCAGAGGCUGAGUGAAUAUAAGUUGUCCCUAGAGGGAGACAUAAACCUGGAAAUCUGAGGCUUUGACUUGGCUGCGUCCAACAACUCUUCGGCUGAGCCCUGCCUGGCAUUGGUAGUGGGGACACGGCAACAGACAACGUAUGAGAAAAGACCUCUAGUGUCUGCUGCACUAUUUAACCACCACCACACAGCAGAUAAUCAUUACCCAGCCGGGGACAUGGCCUGGUUCGGUGUCAUGUGACUAAAGCGCAAAGCCGGGACUGAGCGGCAUAAAAUUACAGCGGUGGGGAACCUGCAGUUGCUGGCUUUAGAGCCUUGGAGAUAGAUCUAGGUUGAAAACACAGGAUUGAUGGUGUUUUUGAAAAUAUUUUAAUGUGGAUUUUACUUGUGGCAUCACGUGCUACUGUACAUAAUGGCAUAAUAUACAUAUCAUAAUUCUAUGUCAAGUAUUUGUAUACUGAAUAAAUUCUAGAAAUAUGAUGGUGGUGGAGGCGUAACACAAAGGUAGUUAAAAUAUUAGAAUUAUUAAAUUCCAUUAUUAGUGUUCAUGAUUUCAUUUUAUUCAGUUUACAUUUCAUUAAUGACUUUUAUGGAUUUCGUAGCACUUCCUGCUGUUCACCAUGUCCUUCCCUAAUAGCAUGUUGGAUAGCUAAUCUCAGGGGUCGAUCGUUCAGUCCUCUCGGAUCAGACUUACUGUUUUCACAGAUGGCCUUCAACUGUCGGCUGCUCUUCAACUGGUGGUGUAUCAUACGAACACAGGGGAUUUCGGGGUGAAUGAAAAACAGACUUAACUGACUGGUUCAUCUAUUUAUAAAUGCCAUCAUUUAUCAUUUGCAGGUGUUCCUAUUCAUGUGCUGGCGGAAUAGCCAAAAUCAAGACAAAGAGCAGUUUGUUGUUAGUGAAAAGGAGCCUUAUAUUCAUUGUUCUGCUGCCAUUUUGUGCCACAUGGACGGCACUUCACAGUAUAUCAAAUAAAGAUCAUGCACUUUGA